AGAAUUAAAAUCAUACUCAACUUAUAGUUUCUAGAAUUACCUCGUCGCUAGAUGCUAACAUACGCCGGUGGUGAAGGAUUACUAUUUCAGUUGCUCUGAACAACCAUUUCCGGUUUUCAAAUUGUGCAGGUAUGGGGGAAUUAAACAUGGACGAAUUGUCUCUUCCCCGUAUUUUCGAGCAGGCUCGGAAAAUCCACCAAGCCGCCUCCGAUUCUUCCGUCGAUCAGGAUACGGUGAAGAAAGGCUGCGAAUUGUUGAGGAAAUGCGAGGAAAUGAUUGGGAAAUUAGGGUUGUUUUCGCUUAAUGAGACGAAAGAUGAUAUCAGUACCGCAAACCUCAAAUAUAUUCUCGUUCCAUAUUAUCUUGGUGAGCUAACUGAGAAAAUUUCUGAGGAAGAUAGGAUUGAAAUUCUAAAUGUUUCACAGGCCAAGCUGAAGGAAUUUUUCUCUUUUUGUGAGGCAAUGGAACUUGUACCAAAAGAAGAACUAGAAUCACUUGCGCAAGCUACUGGUAAAACAUUUGCUGAUAGGAGAGCCCAAAAGAUUGCACGUUUCAAACGUCAGAAAGCUGCUGAGUCAAAAUUGAUUGAAAUAAGGGAGCGGAAGGAACGGCGUGGGCGUUCAACUAGGGCAUCUGCGUUAUCUACUCCUGUUGUGUCCGAGGAAGAGGAUUUUGAUGAUGAUGAUGGGGAGGAGGAGAGGGAGGCAUGGCUGACCACCAUCUCCUUGGCACUCUGUAAGGCAUUUGAUCUACUGGAAAUGUUGAAGCAAGAGGAAGAGAUGCUCCUUGCUGUUAGGGAAAGACAGUCAAAGGAAGGGAAUAAUGAGCUUGCACAGUCCAUUCUCGAUGAACGUGCUGAAAGAGCAGAAGCCUGGCAUCGUGAUGCAGCAACAAGGUCUCGAUUUACAAAACCUGCAACUCCAAUCACAUGUGCUACUUUUGCUCAAGAUGUGAUAGAGGGUAGAGCGGCAGUUUCACAGGCUCAUGAACACAAACAUCAGCCAAUGCUAUUUGGACCUGCAAGCCUUGUGGCCAAAAACCCAACAAGUGAAAGGGAGAGAAUCGCAGCUAAAGUUUUCCAGCCUCACUACAGAUUACCAACCAUGAGCAUAGAGGAAGCUGGGUUGAAGGAGAUGGAGAUUAUGAAUAAGUGGCAAGAAGAUACCAAGAAGAUCAUUGAAGAAGCUAACACGUCAUGGCACACGGAUAACAAGCUGCUACAGAGGCCAAGCGAGGAUGAUGAUGACGAGGAUGAUGAUGCUGCCCAAGAUAAGGCUAGGGCGUGGGAUGACUGGAAGGACGACAACCCUCGCGGAGCAGGCAAUAAGAAGCUCACUCCAUGCGGUUGAUUUUAAUGCCCAUUGCCCUGCAUCUGUGCAAUCUCUGGAGUACAAUUUAUUGUCCAAGUUUUAGUUUUGUUUAAUUAUUAUUACUGUAUUAUUGUGCUGUAUAGUGGCUGUAACUUAUGAGUAUAGAGAGUAGGAGAAACUUCGACCGACGGUGACAUAUAGCUGGUUAAACUCGAUUUGGUAAAAAUUUUCUGUACGUCGUGAUAAACUGUUACAGCUA